AUGCCCAUCAUUCCAGGUAGGCGAAAGGUCGACAUAAAUCACGCUUUUAUUGUAGUAAUUGUUCUGGUGUUAUUGUUCUCAUGCUGUCAAGGUCGUUGUCCCGACCAUGCCAACGACAAGAUCCAAUUCUGUGUGCAGCCGGUUGCCGAGUACUCAAAAGUAUUGAACAAACAUGUAAGUACUUUAAUAUACGACUUGAUAGAUGCACUUCUUAAGCAAACAAGUUUUGUGAACGUUGGAUAUGAUAUUUUGAACUUUUUAAAAUUUUUUACUUAAAAUGGCAAUUUUAAGUAUGAAUUUACAUUUUUAUGACAUUUGAAAUAUAUUUUAGGACAACUCGACAUCAGAACCUCAGUUUAACGCUCUCCAGCUGCCAAAGUUGGGAGGUCAAGUAUUCAGGGAACUAUGUAGAUUAAUCAGAGACUUCGAGGUGUGUGUAGCCGACUACAGAGAGCCAUGCCCGAAACAUAUUACUAUCAACCUAAUAGAAGCAUCCUAUGGAUUUCUAUGCAAUGAAGGAUACGAAAGUAAGUUGUAAUAUUUUUGGUUAUAUCAGUGUAAAAGAUGGUUUCACUUACAAGUAAUUAUCUUGAUGAUGUAUUGCAAUUAUUUUUGAUUAAUAUUUAUAUUUUUGAAAUUUGUAAAAUGUUAGAGAUGUUAUUACAGAUCUUAUUUUAUGUGUUAUGACAACUUUUUAUAGCUUUUAUGAGUAGCGCGGAAUGUUUAAUGGCUUUGGAUCAGCAAGCCCCGGUUAAGCGAUGUCACGAUGAAACGUUGAAGGAAAUUGAAAAUGCCAAUUCAAAGUCAAACAUCCGGAUGGACGUUAAGUUGGAAUACAUGUGCGGGUGAGUGAUUUGUCUGCUACAUAUUAAUAUAUUAACUUGGCUUUAAAAAGGUUUAAAACUUUCAUCAAAUCGUUUGAUCUUGCACGGUACAUUAAUAUGUCUUUAUACUUUAUAUAGUAGGCCAAAUUGGUACAGUAUGAGUACAAAAUAUACCGUAUUUAAGCUUUACUAAAGCACGUUUUCAAACAAAAUACAUCAGUGUUUUUUUCUGCUAUAGAAUGUGACAGUAAUUAUUUGUUUCAGUGCCUUGAACUACUUCUCAGCGUGUGUCCGCCAACAUAUUUGGCUGAAUUGCGGCGUCGAAGCGUGGCAUGUUAUCUUCCGAGUGUUGAAAGAUACGACGAGGACAUUGAUGCCAGCGUGCGUGUUUAACGGCGAAUCCAAGAAACUGGAAGCCGAGAAGGAGUUGGAACUUGAACAGCUUCAGCAUCUGAAGCCGACUACGAUACCUCCCGUAGUGGUACCUCAAUUCGAAGGCGGCAAUACUGUGCUACAAGAACAUGCGCUUGAAGGCGCGGAUUCGAAUCCUGCGAUCUCAUUCGAAAUCAAUGAGGAUUCGGAAUUUAGCCCUCCGGACAGAAACUACGCUCAUUUGGAUAGCGGGUCAUACUCUUACUCUCGAUCUCAAUCUCUCCUCCUUUCAGUCGCUAUAAUACUGGCAAUAAUUGUGUAA